AUGAGCCUUCCCCACUCACAGUAUGACCCUCGUCGUGUUUGUAUUAUUCCCUUCCCCACGUUGCCAUUCCUAAAACACAAGCGGGCGCUCGGAGUUUAUACCGCAGGUGCAUUGUUUGCCUUUGCUCAUUGGGUAUUUCUGGACGCUUGCAUUCUAUCAUCACACGCCCGUCCUCCCGCCGACUCGCCCCAUGAUAUUGUGCCUCUGCAUGUUACAUUCCUUGACUGGAUCCCUGGAAUAUGCUCGACCCUCGGUAUGCUCGUCGUAAAUCUAGUUAACAAGGAACAACUCCUUGGCGAAGGGUUUGCUUCUGGGGACGCGUAUGUUCGGCGUGCGCGUAUUAUUCUUUUCGUGGGCUUCGCCUUGAUGGCAGGUGGACUUGCCGGUAGUGUGGUGGUUCUCGUUUUAAAGUAUAUUCUGGCCGAAUAUGGCGAGGGAUAUAAUUAUUACGGUUACGCUAACGUUGUGCAGAAUGUCGCAAUUAUGUUAUCGGCUGUGGUACUUUGGCUUGCGCAGAAUUCGCAGAGCGAAUACGAAUAUAACCUCACCCUGUAA